UAUGAAUCCAUCCAAUCAGACUACUCCACACAGAUUACUGACCGCGUUCUUCGGAUGUGUUACAAAGUUCGGACGCCCUUCUAUUAUUUUUUUACGAUAACAUGUUUUUACACUAUAGUAACCCAAUCAGUUAAUGGUAGUGUGGAAGAUAUACUGGAGAAAGGGACUAGACUUUUAGCAUCCGGUAAAUUUGAGGAAGCUCUGUUAUUGUACAGUGAUGCUAUCGGUAUGUCGAAAGUACUUGUAAUUUUUCAGGAAAAAGUCCUGAUAGUUAUAUGGCCCACUACAAAAGGGGCACAGCAUACAUCGCACUAUCUAAUUGUAGGAUGUCUCUUUUGGAUUUUAAUAGAGCUUUGGAGCUAAAUCCAGAUUUCAUUCCUGUUAGUCAUAAGUUACCUUGAUUAAUUCACAGGCAAGAAAACAUCGGGCGUAUGUGAAGCUAAGAAUGGGGAAGCUGACAGAAGCCAUAGAAGAUUAUGAGAGUGUGCUAAAUCAUGAUACUGGCGCAAGCGCCAAAAUAUCUGAAAUACAUAAACUGCAAAAUCAGUGGGAAGAUGCUCGUAAGUUGUUCGGGAACAGUGAAUACAGAGAAGCUCUUACGUUAUUGGACAAAUUAGUGGAAUCAGUCGACUAUGCUGAGGAGCUACGUGAAUUGAGAGCAAGGUGUUACUUAAGCUUAGGAGACGUGCAAAAGGGUUUGCAAGAAAUGAGAUUUGGCGUUCAUCUGACCAAUGAUAACCGCGAGGGAUUACUGAGAAUUAGUCAAAUAAUGUAUGACGCCGGGUUUGCAGUGCAGGCUGUCAAUGAGCUUCGAGAAUGUCUCAGGCUUGAUCAAGAUGAUAAAGCCUGUUUGAGCCUCUACAAAAAAGUAAAUAAGGUUGCCAAGGCUAUAACAGCCACGCAAGAGGCUUUGGAAGCCGAAAGGUACUCUGAUUGCAUCAAGAAAGCAUCAGAGAUAGUCAAGUUCGAGUCUUCAAAUCCAGAAUAUGCUAAUCAAGCAAACAUUAGCCUCUGUCACUGUCAUGCAAAAGCUAAAAGUGCUGAUGGAGUCUCGUAUUGUGAAUCUGUUGUUCAACAUUAUCCUGAAAGUACUGAAUUCCAACUUUAUCAAGCUGAAGCUUAUAUAAAUGCUGACCGUUUUCAGGAUGCCAUUUCAACAUACCAAAAAAUUUUAGAACAUGAAUCGAAUAAUCAGAAAGCGAAGGAGGGCAUGAAGAAGGCUCAAAAGCUUCUAAAAGCAAGCAACCGUCGUGAUUACUAUAAAAUACUUGGGGUGCCCAAAUCAGCUUCUAAAAAGGAUAUUUUGAAGGCCUAUCGAAAAAUGGCUGCUGAAUAUCAUCCGGACAAAUUUCAGGGCGAAGAAAAAGUGCAAGCCGAGAAAAAGUUCGUUUUAAUUUCUGCAGCCAAGGAGGUCCUUACAGAUGAUGAAAAACGUACACAAUUUGAAAAUGGAGUCGAUCCGCUGGAUCCUGAACAGCAAGCUCAAAACCCGUUUGGUGGUCAUCCUUUCAAUGGUUUUCCAUUCUCCCACAUGCAUCCCUUUGAAGGUGCUCACUUCGAGUUUCAUUUUGGAUAACUUAACAUUUUUGUAUUUGGCAUUUUGGUCUUGUUUAUUUCAAACCUCGUUUAUUUAUCUCCAAUUCGUUAGAAAAUAACUACUUUUUCUACUACCUUGAUUUAGUCUUUCGAAGUGUCCUUAAACCACGCGUUGUACAUAAAAACUUCAGUUUUGCUUCUUUUUUACUUCAAUGUUAUGGUAAUUUCUCAGAUUAUUUUAUAGUACCACCUCUGUGUUAUAUCUGGAUAAUAAAUAUCUUUGAUUACAUUCCUGAUCGAAACAUGACUUCAAAAACCUUAUAUGUUAACAUUUCUUUAUCGAUGUAUAAAAUAUCAUCUGAGACAUUUUAGCAUGUUUUUUUAGUUUUUGAUUGAAUUUUCAGAUGUGAAUUAAUAAAUAGAUCACUGAAGUACUCCGUAAUUUAGGAUAUAAAUUCUCUGAUAAACCCCUUGUAUGCUUCAGUGAUGAUAUUAACUGAUAACUAAUCUGUUUCUUGUCGACUGAACUUGUAUGAAGUGUUCGGUAGUUUAUACUGCAAUUGAAAAUAAUUUUAUCAUUAUUUUUACUCGUUUGUGAAAACUACAUGUCUAUUGUUACGAUUUAUAUGCGUCUGUAGUAUGCAAACUGUAAGGUAGGCG